AUGUCAUUUAAAAGUUUCUCGCUCCUUUUCCACGUUAUUAUAUUUGUUGCUCUAUUUCUCCCCACAUCUCCAUUCUCUCUCUCUCUCUCUCUAUCUCUCUCUUUAUCUUCCCCUUCUCUCUCUCUCUCUCUCUUUCUCCCCUUCUCUAUCUAUCUAUCUAUCUGGCUAGCUAACCAGCUAUAUUCGUCUGCGCGUGUGUGUUGCUGGAAGGAAACGAAAUUAUUUUGGCGGAAACUGGGCGGUCUCUGCUUACGUAAAUCUCGCAGUGUAUUCAUCCACAGGUCUUGGGCUUUCUUCUUUCACUCUUUUCCUGUGUCUUCUUAUUCUCUUCCGUGUCUCUUUUUCUGUGUCUUCUUAUUCUCUUCCGUGUCUCUUUUCCUGUCUUCUUAUUCUCUUCCGUGUCUCUUUUCCUGUGUCUUCUUAUUCUCUUCCGUGUCUCUUUUCCCUGUGUCUUCUCUAUUCUCUUCCUUCCGUCUCUUCCUGUGUCUCUUUUCCUGUGUCUUCUUAUUCUCUUCUCUUCCGUGUCUCUUUUCCUGUGUCUUCUUAUUCUCUUCCGUGUCUCUUUUCCUGUGUCUUCUUAUUCUCUUCCGUGUCUCUUUUCCUGUGUCUUCUUAUUCUCUUCCGUGUCUCUUUUCCUGUGUCUUCUUAUUCUCUUCCGUGUCUCUUUUCCUGUGUCUUCUUAUUCUCUUCCGUGUCUCUUUUCCUGUGUCUUCUUAUUCUCUUCCGUGUCUCUUUUCCUGUGUCUUCUUAUUCUCUUCCGUGUCACUUUUCCUGUGUCUUCUUAUUCUCUUCCGUGUCUCUUUUCCUGUGUCUUCUUAUUCUCUUCCGUGUCUCUUUUCCUGUGUCUUCUUAUUCUCUUCCGUGUCUCUUUUCCUGUGUCUUCUUAUUCUCUUCCGUGUCCCUGUCUCUUUUCCUGUGUCUUCUUAUUCUCUUCCGUGUCUCUUUUUCCUGUGUCUUCUUAUUCUCUUCCGUGUCUCUUUUCCUGUGUCUUCUUAUUCUCUUCCGUGUCUCUUUUCCUGUGUCUUCUUAUUCUCUUCCGUGUCUUCUUUUCCUGUGUCUUCUUAUUCUCUUCCGUGUCUCUUUUCCUGUGUCUUCUUAUUCUCUUCCGUGUCUCUUUUCCUGUGUCUUCUUAUUCUCUUCCGUGUCUCUUUUUCUGUGUCUUCUCAUUCUCUUCCGUGUCUCUUUUCCUGUGUCUUCUUAUUCUCUUCCGUGUCACUUUUCCUGUGUCUUCUUAUUCUCUUCCGUGUCUCUUUUCCUGUGUCUUCUUAUUCUCUUCCGUGUCUCUAUUCCUGUGUCUUCUUAUUCUCUUCCGUGUCUCUUUUUCUGUGUCUUCUUAUUCUCUUCCUUGUCACAUUUCCUGUGUCUUCUUAUUCUCUUCCGUGUCUCUUUUCCUGUGUCUUCUUAUUCUCUUCCGUGUCUCUUUUUCUGCGUCUUCUCAUUCUCUUCCGUGUCUCUUUUUCUGUGUCUUCUUAUUCUCUUCCGUGUCUCUUUUUCUGUGUCUUCUUAUUCUCUUCCGUGUCUCUUUUCCUGUGUCUUCUUAUUCUCUUCCGUGUCUCUUUUCCUGUGUCUUCUUAUUCUCUUCCGUGUCUCUUUUUCCUGUGUCUUCUUAUUCUCUUCCGUGUCUCUUUUCCUGUGUCUUCUUAUUCUCUUCCGUGUCUCUUUUUCCUGUGUCUUCUUAUUCUCUUCCGUGUCUCUUUUCCUGUGUCUUCUUAUUCUCUUUCCGUGUCUCUUUUCCUGUGUCUUCUUAUUCUCUUCCGUGUAACUUUUUCCUGUGUCUUCUUAUUCUCUUCCGUGUCUCUUUUUCCUGUGUCUUCUUAUUCUCUUCCGUGUCUCUUUUCCUGUGUCUUCUUUAUUCUCUUCCGUGUCUCUUUUCCUGUGUCUUCUUAUUCUCUUCCGUGUCUCUUUUCCUGUGUCUUCUUAUUCUCUUCCGUGUCUCUUUUCCUGUGUCUUCUUAUUCUCUUCCGUGUAACUUUUCCUGUGUCUUCUUAUUCUCUUCCGUGUCUCUUUUCCUGUGUCUUCUUAUUCUCUUCCGUGUCUCUUUUCCUGUGUCUUCUUAUUCUCUUCCGUGUCUGUCUCUUUUUCUGUGUGUCUUCUUCAUUCUCUUCCGUGUCUCUUUCCUGUGUCUUCUUAUUCUCUUCCGUGUCACUUUUUCCUGUGUCUUCUUAUUCUCUUCCGUGUCUCUUUUCCUGUGUCUUCUUAUUCUCUUCCGUGUCUCUUUUCCUGUGUGUCUUCUUAUUCUCUUCCGUGUCUCUUUUUCUGUGUCUUCUCAUUCUCUUCCGUGUCUCUUUUCCUGUGUCUUCUUAUUCUCUUCCGUGUCUCUUUUCCUGUGUCUUCUUAUUCUCUUCCGUGUCUCUUUUUGUCCUGUGUCUCUCUUAUUCUCUUCUGUGUCUCUUUUCCUGUGUCUUCUUAUUCUCUUCCGUGUCUCUUUUCCUUCUUCUUAUUCUGUUCCGUCUUUUUUUUUAUUCUCUUCCUUCCGUGUCACUUUUCCUGUGUCUUCUUAUUCUCUUCCGUGUCUCUUUUCCUGUGUCUUCUUAUUCUCUUCCCUGUCUCUUUUUCUGUGUCUUCUUAUUCUCUUCCGUGUCUCUUUUUCUGUGUCUUCUUAUUCUCUUCCGUGUCUCUUUUCCUGUGUCUUCUUAUUCUCUUCCGUGUCUCUUUUUCUGUGUCUUCUUAUUCUCUUCCGUGUCACUUUUCCUGUGUCUUCUUAUUCUCUUCCGUGUCUCUUUUCCUGUGUCUUCUCAUUCUCUUCCGUGUCUCUUUUCCUGUGUCUUCUUAUUCUCUUCCGUGUCUCUUUUUCUGUGUCUUCUUAUUCUCUUCCGUGUCUCUUUUUCUGUGUCUUCUCAUUCUCUCCCGUGUCUCUUUUCCUGUGUCUUCUUAUUCUCUUCCGUGUCUCUUUUCCUGUGUCUUCUCAUUCUCUUCCGUGUCUCUUUUCCUGUGUCUUCUUAUUCUCUUCCGUGUCUCUUUUUCUGUGUCUUCUUAUUCACUUCCGUGUCUCUUUUCCUGUGUCUUCUUAUUCUCUUCCGUGUCUCUUUUCCUGUGUCUUCUUAUUCUCUUCCGUUUCUUUUUUUCUGCGUCUUCUCAUUCUCUUCCGUGUCUCUUUUUCUGUGUCUUCUUAUUCUCUUCCGUGUCUCUUUUCCUGUGUCUUCUUAUUCUCUUCCGUGUCUCUUUUCCUGUGUCUUCUUAUUCUCUUCCGUGUCUCUUUUCCUGUGUCUUCUUAUUCUCUUCCGUGUCCCUUUUCCUGUGUCUUCUUAUUCUCUUCCGUCUCUUUUUUUCUGCGUCUUCUCAUUCUCUUCCGUGUCUCUUUUUCUGUGUCUUCUUAUUCUCUUCCGUGUCUCUUUUCCUGUGUCUUCUUAUUCUCUUCCGUGUCUCUUUUCCUGUGUCUCUUCUUAUUCUCUUCCGUGUCUCUUUUCCUGUGUCUUCUUAUUCUCUUCCGUGUCUCUUUUCCUGUGUCUUCUCAUUCUCUUCCGUGUCUCUUUUUCCUGUGUCUUCUUAUUCUCUUCCGUGUCUCUUUUCCUGUGUCUUCUUAUUCUCUUCCGUCUUUUUUUUUUUUUUUCUCUGCGUCUUCUCAUUCUCUUCUUCCGUCUCUCUUUUUCUGUGUCUUCUUAUUCUCUUCCGUGUCUCUUUUCCUGUGUCUUCUUAUUCUCUUCCGUGUCUCUUUUCCUGUGUCUUCUUAUUCUCUUCCGUGUCUCUUUUCCUGUCUCUUCUUAUUCUCUUCCGUGUCUCUUUUUCCUGUGUCUUCUUAUUCUCUUCCGUGUCUCUUUUCCUGCGUCUUCUCAUUCUCUUCCGUGUCUCUUUUUCUGUGUCUUCUUAUUCUCUUCCGUGUCUCUUUCUCCUGUGUCUUCUUACUCUUCCGUGUCUCUUUUCCCGUGUGUCUUCUUAUUCUCUUCCGUGUCUCUUUUCCUGUGUCUUCUUAUUCUCUUCCGUGUCUCUUUUCCUGUGUCUUCUUAUUCUCUUCCGUCUCUUUUUUUUUGUCUCUGCGUCUUCUCAUUCUCUUCCGUGUCUCUUUUUCUGUGUCUUCUUAUUCUAUUCCGUGUCUCUUUUCCUGUGUCUUCUUAUUCUCUUCCGUCUUUUUUUUUUUUUGCGUCUUCUCAUUCUCUCUUCCGUGUCUCUUUUCCUGUGUCUUCUUAUUCUCUUCCGUGUCUCUUUUCCUUCCGUGUCUUCUUAUUCUCUUCCGUCUCUUUUUUUUUUUCUGUCUUCUCAUUCUCUUCCUUCCGUGUCUCUUUUCCUGUGUCUUCUUAUUCUCUUCCGUGUCUCUUUUCCUGUGUCUUCUUAUUCUCUUCCGUGUCUCUUUUCCUGUGUCUUCUUAUUCUCUUCCGUGUCUCUUUUCCUGUGUCUUCUUAUUCUCUUCCGUGUCUCUUUUCCUGUGUCUUCUUAUUCUCCUCCGUGUCUCUUUUCCUGUGUCUUCUUAUUCUCUUCCGUGUCUCUUUUCCUGUGUCUUCUUAUUCUCUUCCGUGUCUCUUUUCCUGUGUCUUCUUAUUCUCUUCCGUGUCUCUUUUCCUGUGUCUUCUUAUUCUCUUCCGUCUCUUUUUUUCUGCGUCUUCUCAUUCUCUUCCGUGUCUCUUUUUCUGUGUCUUCUUAUUCUCUUCCGUGUCUCUUUUCCUGUGUCUUCUUAUUCUCUUCCGUGUCUCUUUUCCUGUGUCUUCUUAUUCUCUUCCGUGUCUCUUUUCCUGUGUCUUCUUAUUCUCUUCCGUCUCUUUUUUUUCUGUGUCUUCUUCUCAUUCUCUUCCGUGUCUCUUUUCUGUGUCUUCUUAUUCUCUUCCGUGUCUCUUUUCCUGUGUCUUCUUAUUCUCUUCCGUGUCUCUUUUCCUGUGUCUUCUUUCUUAUUCUCUUCCGUGUCUCUUUUCCUGUGUCUUCUCAUUUCUCUUCCGUGUCUCUUUUCCUGUGUCUUCUUAUUCUCUUCCGUGUCUCUUUUUCUGUGUCUUCUUAUUCUCUUCCGUGUCUCCUGUUUUUCUGUCUCUUUUUUCUGUCUUCUCAUUCUCUCCCGUGUCUCUUUUCCUGUGUCUUCUUAUUCUCUCCCGUGUCUAUUUUCCUGUGUCUUCUUAUUCUCUUCCGUGUCUCUUUUCCUGUGUCUUCUUAUUCUCUUCCGUGUCUCUUUUUCUGUGUCUUCUUAUUCUCUUCCUCUUGUCACUUUUCCUGUGUCUUCUUAUUCUCUUCCGUGUCUCUUUUCCUGUGUCUUCUCAUUCUCUUCCGUGUCUCUUUUCCUGUGUCUUCUUAUUCUCUUCCGUGUCUCUUUUUCUGUGUCUUCUUAUUCUCUUCCGUGUCUCUUUUCCUGUGUCUUCUUAUUCUCUCCCGUGUCUCUUUUCUUGUGUCUUCUUAUUCUCUUCCGUGUCUCUUUUUCUGUGUCUUCUCAUUCUCUUCCGUGUCUCUUUUCCUGUGUCUUCUUAUUCUCUUCCGUGUCUCUUUUCCUGUGUCUUCUUAUUCUCUUCCGUCUCUUUUUUUCUGCGUCUUCUCAUUCUCUUCCGUGUCUCUUUUUCUGUGUCUUCUUAUUCUCUUCCUUUCAUCUUUUCUUAUGUUCUACAAUGUUUAUGUAUCGUUUUAUUGCUUUUCUAG